ACAGUCUCCAUUUCCAAAAAUAAUCCAAAUCCAAUAAAUUCCUCUCUCAUUUUCACAUCAUUUUCAGUGUUAGUAAUUUCAUCUUCGUGAUUCCAUGAAUCGUUUCGAUUCUAGCCCUUUCGAUGAGGAUGAGGUGAAUCCUUUCUCGAAUCAAGGUACUGCUUCAUCAAGGCUUUCACCCCUUCCUCCAGAACCAUAUGACCGUGGUGCAACGAUAGAUAUUCCUCUUGAUUCUGUCAAGAGUUUAAAAGAAAAGGAGAAGGAACUUCAAGCAAGAGAGGCUGAACUGAGAAGGCGAGAACAGGAAUUGAAAAGAAAGGAAGAUGCAAUCGCACGAUCUGGAAUAAUCAUAGAGGACAAAAAUUGGCCACCAUUUUAUCCUAUUAUUCAUCAUAACAUUGCAAAAGAAAUACCAAUCCACCUUCAAAAUGUGCAGUAUGUUGCUUUCUCAACAUUGUUAGGUUUGGUUGCAUGUCUUACAUGGAACAUAAUAGCUGUCACUGCCGCCUGGAUCAAAUGUGAAGGUCCAGCAAUUUGGCUUCUUGCCAUCAUUUAUUUAUUAUCUGGGGUUCCUGGUGCCUAUUAUUUGUGGUAUCGCCCUCUUUAUCGUGCCAUGAGGACUGAUAGUGCAUUAAAGUUCGGAUGGUUUUUCAUAUUUUACAUUUUGCAUAUCUUCUUUUGCAUCUUUGCUACAAUUGCUCCGCCAUUUCUUUUCAAGGGAAAGUCUAUUGCAGGUAUUUUGCCUGCAAUAGAUCUUUUCGGCAUUGAUGCUGCGGUAGGGAUAUUCUACUUUAUCGGCUGUGCAUUCUUUUUCGUCGAAUCAUUGCUCAGUCUGUGGGUUAUUCAGCAAGUUUACAUGUAUUUCCGAGGUAGCGGUAAAGCUGCUGAAAUAAAGCGCGAGGCUGUAACCAAAUCCAUGAUGGCAGCACUAUGAUUCCGAUUACAGGUUGACUCAAAUCUUUUUCCCCUACCAUUCGUUCAUUCUUUUUUUCGUUUCUUGCCCUAUAUUCAUUUUCAUUGAUAUGUUCUUUGAACAUAAUAUUUUCUCAAUGCAUUAAUAUUGCUUUUUAUCCA